ACUUUAAUUUGUACGUGAGGCAUGAGCUGCUGUAAAUGACAGGAACCCACCCUGCUCAAAAAUAUUACGCCAACUACAGGUGGUCGGUCAAUACACAUCUUCGAGGGGGGAAAAUAACUCAGAAGUAAAUUUGAAAUAUAAUUCCUCGUUUGCCUUUCCUAGUCUCCUUCCCCAUGACCUGGUAUCUUAGAAGUAGGUUCUUCUAGACUUAGUACACACCUGAAAGUCCUCCUCACAAUUUUCCACCGGUUGCCUUACGCACGCCACACGCAUUCUGCCGCGUUCAGUAUACAUAUAUAGGGUGUCAAAACAAUUCAGUUCCUUAACAAUUCAACUCUUUCGUCCUAGUUUUUACUUUUGUAUUUGCCUUACAAGACAACAAAUUCUUCAUGGCAGAAUACAAGCAGCACCAACGCCUAUUUGACCGCUUUGAUAAGAACAAAGACGGGAAAAUAUCAGCAGAGGAGCUUCAACAGUGUGUGCAUUUGAUCGGCAAAGACAUGUCGUAUGAGGAAGCAGAGGCUGCGGUUGAGCACAAUGACUCGGACAACGACGGCUUAUUGGAUUUUGAUGAUUUUGUUAGAUUAAUUGAAGGCGGAAGCGAAGAAGAGAAGCGUCAUGAGUUGAAGGAGGCAUUCAGGAUGUACGAGAUGGAGGGAUGUGGAUGCAUAACACCUGAGAGCUUGAAUAGAAUGCUUGCUAGAUUGGGAGAAUCGAGAACUAUUGAUGAAUGCAGAAGAAUGAUUUGCCGCUAUGAUAUUGAUGGUGAUGGUCUCCUUAAUUUCGAUGAGUUUGAGAUUAUGAUGCGUUGCUAGUAAUACUGAGUUAGAGACUUAUUCUAGGUGUUUGCGCUUGCUUUCGGCUUUCCUUGAAUCUUUGAUUCUUUCAGUCUUUGGUUGGCUUGUGGAUGAUCAUUCUUUCGGUAUAUUAGUACCUGUUUGCACCUUAAUCUAGUUCUAAAGGUUCCAAUUUUAGAUGUAUCUCUGCGUCCAAAACCAAUCAAUUUCAUUUAUUUCUUAGAAACACCAUCUCCUCUUGGUAUUUGAAUCCUGUAAUGUACUUCGUUCAUUACUUUAGUAAGCUAUGUUACUUUA